UCACCCCCAACUCACUCUUUCUUUUUGUCUCUGGGUGCCUCUCUGUCUCCACAGCCGAACACCCGUCUAAAAACAUGAGGGAGAUCGUUCAUGUUCAAGCAGGACAGUGCGGUAACCAGAUCGGGUCCAAGUUCUGGGAAGUCAUCUCCGAUGAGCACGGCAUCGACCCCACGGGGGCCUACCACGGCGACUCCGACCUCCAGCUCGAGCGCAUUAACUGCUACUUCAAUGAGGCCACCGGCGGCCGCUACGUCCCGCGCGCCAUCCUCAUGGACCUCGAGCCCGGAACCAUGGACUCCGUGCGCGCCGGUCCCUUCGGGCAGCUCUUCCGGCCGGACAACUUCGUGUUCGGCCAGACGGGCGCGGGAAAUAACUGGGCCAAGGGCCACUACACCGAGGGCGCCGAGCUCAUCGACUCGGUGCUGGACGUCGUCCGCAAGGAGGCCGAGUCGUGCGACGCGCUGCAGGGCUUCCAGCUGACGCACUCGAUGGGGGGCGGGACGGGCGCGGGCAUGGGCACCCUGCUCAUCUCGAAGGUCCGUGAAGAGUACCCAGACCGCAUCAUGUCCACCUACUCCGUCAUCCCGUCGCCCAAGGUGUCCGACACCGUCGUCGAGCCCUACAAUGCCACCCUCUCCGUGCACCAGCUCGUCGAGAACGCCGACCAGUGCUUCAUGCUCGACAACGAGGCCCUGUACGACAUCUGCUUCCGAACCCUCAAGCUCACCACGCCCACCUACGGUGACCUGAACCACCUGGUGUCGGCCGCCAUCUGCGGUACUACCUGCUCCCUCCGCUUCCCCGGGCAGCUCAACUGCGACCUCCGAAAGCUGGCGGUCAACAUGGUGCCGUUCCCCCGCCUGCACUUUUUCAUGAUCGGCUUUGCUCCCCUCACCAGCCGCGGCUCGCAGCAGUACCGCGCCCUGACCGUCCCCGAGCUGACCCAGCAGUGCUUCGACUCGAAGAACAUGAUGUGCGCCGCCGACCCUCGCCACGGGCGAUACCUGACCUGCGCCGUGAUGUUCCGAGGGCGGAUGUCCACAAAGGAGGUCGACGAACAGAUGCUGAACGUCGUGAACAAGAACUCGUCGUACUUCGUGGAGUGGAUCCCCAACAACGUCAAGGCCUCCAUCUGCGACAUCCCACCGAAGGGGCUCAAGAUGUCCACCACCUUCGUGGGCAACACCACCGCCAUCCAGGAGGUUUGGAAGCGUGUGGCGGAGCAGUUCACGGCCAUGUUCCGGCGAAAGGCCUUCCUCCACUGGUACACCGGCGAGGGCAUGGACGAGAUGGAGUUCACGGAGGCCGAGUCCAACAUGAACGACCUGGUGUCCGAGUACCAGCAGUACCAGGACGCCACCGCGGAAGAGGAGGGAGAGUUCGACGAGGACGAAGAACUCGACGACGGAAUGAUGUAAAAUCUCGAUGCCGAUCGUUAGUGCUGUGUUUUGUCGUCGUCACUGCUGGUGUUAACUAUCCGGGUUCCUGUCUUACAGACAAUUAUGCUUGCUUGCUGGUAGAUGCCCGAGGCUGGCGGGAUUACACUCGAAGAAAUCGGUAGUGUUGCGGAAGUGUUUCUCUUUCUUUUAGUUGAAUCAAAUGUUGUGUUGCUGGCAUUUGCUGGCCGUUUUCGCUCCUCUGGUUUUCGCUUUGUUGCCGUGGCUGUGUUGGGGUCGUCGGACCACUGGCAUGGUUGUGUAGCAUGGGUACUAUAGAGUUAUUUCCCCCCCCUUAGGGUUGUUUUUUGUUUCUUCAGUUGUUUUAUUCAAACGGGGUUUUAAAAAGCUUUGACCUACUUGUUUUUAAGGUAAUUUUUUGGGUUGUAUUCCGGCAUCGUGGCAUUUGCUUGUUCAGUUCGUCCGGGUGAUAUUUUUUUAAGUCGUUUAGCCGCCUGUCGAUCGUUGUAAAGUUUUGAACGUGGGUUUCGCCAUGCGGUUCUACACGCUUUUGAACAAGACGUUGGCACCGAACACUGCGGUGAGCGGCCCUGAGUGCGCAGGCCCACAGUACAAAAAGCACACGUUGUUUUGUUGUAAGUAUAUAUCUCGCUCAUUACAAGUAUUAUAGAUUGCGGUGUUGUUUUUUGUUGGUGGUCUCGGAGACGUUUGCUGCUCAUUUCCCCAUUUUCCCGCCUGAGAUGGCGUCCCUUCCCAAGCAGAAGGUCCACGAAAUGUGUGGGAAUAGUGUUUUGGAGUUCGAGCGCAUGUUUCCGGAUGGGGCGUAUGUUGACGAGCGGUGCUUGUUGAGCACCAGGUUUUGCAUUUCGCUCCGUCUUUGAGCCUAUUUUUUUAUGUUCCGCCCGUUUUAUUCUGGCGUAGGAUACGCUGCGUUUCCUCAUCGUUACACCCUAUGGGAAUGAAAAACAUGAGAUAUCUUCACGGAUUCACUGCUGUGCCUCCGACAAGCUUCUAUAACGGUAGUUUGAACUUCGCACUCGCACACGCGAAGAGAAGGCGUUUUAGAGAAAAGGUGGCUUGGAAAUGUACUUGUUUGUUCGCACUGCCAUGCAAAAGGAGCGAGUUGAACUU